AUGACUGAUAACUUAGAUAAGUAUUAUAAACUACAUCAUCCUGAAUUUCUAAGUGACGGUAUGUAAUUACUAAGAGAAUACAUAUAUUAUUGUAAGUUUGAUUUUAUUGAAUUAUGUUCUCGAUAUGAUCAAUUCAAAGAUGGUACUAUUUAGGAAAAGGUUUUGAGAGAUGUGUUAGUAGAAGUUUCAAAAAGUUAAUUUUAUUUUACAGAAUUUGAUAUUGCUAGCAUAUUAAAGGAAGCUCCUUAUAGUUCUAAUAGGAAUAUUGAUUAUAGAGAAUUAUAUAAAUAUUUAACAGAGUGUGUACCACCAAAGAAUUCAUUUCAUGUGUUUAAGAAUGCAAUUAUUAGAUAGAAAUAGAAUUCAGCUUCAAAUAAAUUAUUUUUAGAAGAAAUUUAGAAACAUUUUGAAGAAGAAGUCUCAAAUUAUUUUGAUCGUAAGGCUAUCUAUGAUUUCAAACAUUUUAAUUUAAAUUUAUUGGAUUUAGAAUUGUUGAGUACUAAUGCAGUUAAUAUUAUUUUUGAUGAUAUUGUUUAAGAGAAGAUGGCUAAUUUCUCUAGACAUAAUAAUAAUAUCAUUUUAGAGAAUUUUUAAAUUUUAAUAUCUAAAAAGAUAUCUGUAUAAGCUUUACCAUAAUUAGCUUUUCAAUUUAUAGCUCCUGAGAAAAUUGAAAUGGCAUUAUUUGAUUUCUUAGGAAUUAGAAGAAAUUAAAAAAUGUUUCCAUUUCUUAUGAAAGAUUAAUUCAUUUAAUUGAUAAAAGUCAAAUUAUAUAAUGUAGAAAUGACUUAUGAUGAAUGUUCCCUAUUAUAUUAUUUAAUUUGGAAAAGAAAUAAUUUUGGAGAAUUUAAUCUUCUCACUUUUGUUCAUUGGAUAAUGGAAUGUAGACCACUUUAUUUUAAAGAAGUUAUUAAAAUGUAUGAUGCAAAAUAACCUCAUCUUGAACUUAUGCAAUUACCUAAAAUCUUCAAAGAAUUUCAAGAAAUGGCAAGUAAAUAUACUACUAAUAUGCUUGCUUAAGCAUUUAAACCUUUUUAAAAUGAUGGAUUAUGUACUCUUGAAAAUUUGAAAAUUGUUAUUAGAUCAUUAGAAAUUGGAUAUUCUUAAUUAGAUUUUAAUGAAUUUAGGUAUUAUUUAGCUAAUCAUGGAUUAUUUACACUUUCUAAGUAAUAACAACUAUUACUAAAAGUAUAAGAAUUCUUAUAAACUUUGGUAUCAGAAAACUUUGAGAAACAUGAAUAAGCAGAAUUAACUGAUUUAGAAAAAGCUUAUUAAACUCUUUUCAAAUCUAUAAUGUUAUCAAUUUUAGUUAGAUAUGAGGAUAAAGCUUAGAAAAUGAUGUAAGCAGAUCAAUUGAUAGAUGAAGUGUAAUUGAGAAAAAUUAUUAAUGAGGAUUUAUUAUUGGUAGAUUAAACAAGUGUUACUAUGAUUAUUCAAUCACUAGAGCAUAAUAAAGAACCAUCAUAUUAGUAACCACUUAGAAUGAUCUAUUUCCCAGAAUUUAUUGAUAAACUAAGAGCAAGAUUCAAUGAUGAAAUUAAAUUACCAGCUCCACAAUUAAUUCCUUAUGAUAAACCAGGACCAAAUUUUAAAGAACUUGAACCCACUUUCAAUUACAAAGAAGGAUAAUUUGUAAGGGAUCCUGAUAAAGCAUUCCAGAUUAAACCUUUAGAUGAUAGAGAAGUAUUAGAAAAAUUAAAAAGUCAUUUAAUUUAAUAAUUUAAAAUAACAGGUGAAAAUGAAUAUGAAAAAUCGGAAAAAGCAGUGUAUCAAUUAUGUUUGGUACUGAAAGAUUUCGAUAAAAUAAAGUGUGGUAAUAUAAGUAAAGAAUUAUUGUUUGAGAUAUUGAGAGACCUAACAGAAUUAUCAAUAUAAGAAAUUAAUAAUAUAAUGGAUUUUGCUAUGGGUGUAUCUAAAGUUGAUGAAGAUUCAUUUUCUUAUUAGUUCUUUUGUGUACAAUUAAAUGAAUUUUAUUAAAAACAUUAAUUAAUAUUAGCAAAAAGAUGA